UUUUUUUUUGGUUUCUUUCUCGUGUUUCAAUGAAUUAUGUGUUCAGUAGUGCGCAUGUCCUUACUAACCGGAAGUAGCGUGUCCACUGCUAAGUCACAUUCUUGUUUUAGGUUCGAGUCGAAGAUCCAACCUUGUUUUGCUUGGUUUCUCUUCUACAUCUGGCCUCUAUUAAUCUCUCGUCAGCUUUCUCGCUAUCCUAAUAACCGGACAGAAACAGGUAGAACUUGUUAUACCUGAGUGUAUCGCAAGAUUCUCCUCCUGAAAGUUGGCAAACUGAAUCGACGAAAGAGAAUUUGAGAAGGAAAACACGCAAUGUUGGCCAAACAUCAGAACCAGGAGGAAAGUUAAAGUAAGGACACACCGAACACCUCGAGCAACACGUUUACUUUUUUAUAUAUAUCAAGAAUAAUCUUCACUAUUUCUAUUAGAGAAGACAGAAAUUAUAACGGGUUAGAGUAAUGCGCCAUACACACAUGUAUAUACGUAACCAUACGUUUAUGUAUAUAUAGAUAUAGUUGUUGUUUACUAAUAUAUUAUAUAUUUAUGUAUAUAUGUAUUGUUUAUUUUGUAUGUUGGUGAAGCGAAUGAACUGUAAAAAUGCAGGUGACGGUCACAACUUUAUCGGACAAAGUAUUCACUAUUGAAGUUAGCGAAGACUUGGAACUAGAAAACUUUAAAGCGCUCUGUGAAUUCGAAACCGGUAUUCCGGCCAAGGAAACUGCAAUUCUCCUGAAUGGUAGGCCUUUACGCGAUGAUAAAGCCAGCUUAAAAAGCUAUGGAAUCGGACAUAAUGAUAUCUUACUUCUGCAGCAUAUGCGAGGGGUGACAGGUCUCACCCUCCCGACCAAUACUCCGUUUUCGGCGAACACAUCUCAAAGAUCACCUGCACACGGGGGACCAGGAUCAGCUCCUGUGAUUGAUUUUGGCAGUAUCCAGAUCCCUGGGGUUGGCCCUUUGCCCCAAGCAUCUAUUGGGGGACAGUCAACCAGCCAAGGUCAUGGAGGUGGCGCAAGUUUCAUGGAUGAUCCCAAAGUUGUGAGAGAUAUGUUCCUCAAUAACCCACACGAACUGGCUCUGCUGAAGGAAAGAAACCCUCCUUUAGCUGAAGCUUUGGUUAGCGGAAGUUUAGAAAAAUUUUCUGAAGUGUUUCGCCAACAGCAGAGUGAAAGAAUGGAAAAGGCCCAGGAACGCAUGCGUCUUAUGUCAGCUAACCCUUUUAGCCCUGAAGUUCAGAAAAUGAUAGCUGAAGAAAUUCGAUUGAAAAAUGUAGAAACUAACAUGGAGACAGCAAUGGAGUUUGCCCCUGAAAGUUUCGGUCAAGUCCACAUGUUAUACAUUGAUUGCAAUGUUAAUGGUCAUCCUGUGAAAGCUUUUGUUGAUUCAGGUGCUCAAAUGACUAUCAUGAGUCAAUCAUGUGCAGAACGCUGCAACAUCAUGAGGCUCGUAGACAAUCGAUGGGCAGGGAUUGCGAAAGGUGUUGGUACACAGAAAAUUAUUGGAAGAGUACACUUAGGUCAAAUUCAAAUUGGUCCAGAUUUCCUUCAGUCUUCAUUCUCAAUAUUGGAAGACCAGCCCGUGGAUAUGUUGUUAGGGCUGGACAUGCUUCGACGGCAUCAGUGUUCAAUAGAUUUAAAACGAAAUGUGUUAGUGAUUGGCACAACAGGUACAGAAACCCCAUUCCUCAGUGAAUCUGAGCUUCCUGAACAUGCACGGUUAAACCUGUUACAGAGACCUUCAUCAAGUAUAGAAAGUGAGGAUCAACAAUUAGCUGAAGCUCUGGCACGAUCUGCUGAAGAGGCCUCAGCAAAACACGUGAUGGUUUCUAGUCGUAAGCUGACCUCCACAUCCACUGCUAUCUCAGGCUCCAAACCAACAGCCACAGUUUCAUCUCCUCCUCACAUUCCCCCAACCUCUCCACCACAAACAUUCUCAGAGGAAGCCAUGCUGCGACUCAUGUCCUACGGAUUCGAAAGACAACAGGUUCUAGAUGAACUGCAUCGAUCGAACGGAGAUGUCGACCAGGCCUUGGCAGCGUUGUUGGCUAAAUCUUUACAAAUGCCUUGAGCUGGGGGGAUGCGGGUCGUAAUUUUGAUGGGUGACAUUUUGUGAACAGUCAUAUCGUAACUUUAAACAGGUGGCCAUUGUCUUUUUUUUUUUUUUCCAAAUCACAGCCAUAAACAUAUAAACACGUCUUCAUUAAUCUAAUCUCAUUGAAUUUCAAAUGUAAACAACUGAAGAGAUUAAAUAUUCUACUGUAA